UUAUUAUUCUCUUAAUCAUGGACUUAAUGGCCUCAUUGAAUUGAAACUAGGAGCUCUGGAUUGAAAGUAAAAUUGAAACAUCAUGGCAAAGAGACAGACUGUCCUGGGUAGAAUGGAAAAGGAAUGACUGCUAGUUUAUUUUGCUAGUUUUCACGUGAACAGUAUGGUUGGCUGUUCUAGUAAUUAUAGAGAAUAAUCAACCAUGACUACAGAACCAGGAUCAGACUCGGAAUCCAAGGAUCAGGAUCAGGAGCAGAAAGAAGCUUCUGGCCAACAAGGAACAGCAGGGGCAGGGCCCCAAGAACAACAACAGCAGCAGCAGCAGCUCAGUGAGGAACACCAGAAUGCAUUAGAACAAUUCUCGGCUGUUGCAGCCCACAGUACUCCUGUGAAAAAGGAGCAGGCCUCUGACAAAGAACGUGAAUUUGCUGCUGCGGCGGCAAAACAACUGGAAUAUCAGCAGUUUGAAGACGACAAGCUCUCUCAGAAAUCAUCCUCUAGCAAACUCUCCAGAUCUCCUCUAAAGAUUGUCAAAAAACCGAAAAAUAUGCAGUGCAAAGUGAUCCUUUUGGAUGGCUCCGAAUAUGGCUGUGAAGUGGAGAAACGCUCAAAGGGCCAGGUGCUGUUUGACAAAGUGUGUGAACACUUGAAUCUCUUGGAGAAAGAUUACUUUGGACUAACCUACAGAGACAUGGAAAACCAAAAGAAUUGGUUGGACCCAGCCAAGGAAAUAAAAAAGCAGAUCCGAAGUGGUGCUUGGCAUUUCUCAUUUAAUGUGAAAUUCUACCCUCCUGAUCCUGCCCAGCUUUCUGAAGAUAUUACAAGGUACUACCUCUGCUUACAGUUGAGAGAUGACAUAGUUUCUGGACGGCUGCCAUGUUCUUUUGUUACACUUGCACUCUUGGGCUCCUACACAGUUCAGUCAGAACUUGGAGAUUAUGAUCCUGAUGAAUAUGGAAGUGAUUAUGUCAGUGAAUUUCGCUUUGCACCAAACCAUACUAAAGAACUCGAAGACAAAGUAAUAGAGCUUCACAAAAGCCAUAGGGGGAUGACACCUGCAGAAGCUGAGAUGCAUUUCCUGGAGAAUGCAAAAAAAUUGUCCAUGUAUGGAGUAGAUCUACACCAUGCCAAGGACUCUGAAGGGGUUGAAAUCAUGUUAGGGGUCUGUGCAAGUGGACUUUUGAUUUAUCGGGACAGACUCAGAAUAAACAGGUUUGCCUGGCCUAAGGUUCUCAAAAUUUCAUACAAGAGGAAUAACUUCUACAUCAAAAUUCGACCAGGGGAGUUUGAGCAGUUUGAAAGCACUAUUGGGUUUAAAUUGCCAAAUCAUCGUGCUGCAAAACGUUUGUGGAAAGUAUGUGUUGAACACCAUACAUUUUUCAGGCUCUUGCUACCAGAAGCUCCUCCAAAGAAAUUCCUGACUUUAGGUUCCAAGUUUCGCUACAGUGGGAGGACACAAGCCCAAACGAGGAGAGCCAGUGCAUUGAUAGACCGUCCUGCGCCUUACUUUGAACGUUCAUCAAGCAAACGCUAUACUAUGUCUCGCAGCCUAGAUGGGGCAUCAGUGAAUGAAAACCAUGAAAUGUACAUGAAGGAUUCUAUGUCUGCUGCAGAGGUUGGUACUGGCCAGUAUGCCACGACAAAAGGCAUCUCUCAAACCAACUUGAUAACAACUGUGACUCCAGAGAAAAAGGCAGAAGAAGAGAAGGAUGAGGAACAGAAUAAAAAAAAGAAAGCAGAGGAAGUCACUCCAGUGUCAGCCAUACGCCAUGAUACAAAGCCACCUUUGCUUGGCACUGAUUCAUUACACCCCUCUCCAUCUUCACAGUCUGGUCCCCUUGCAUCUUCAGCAAUGCUCCGUAGGAGAUGUAAGGAGAGUACUCAAAAAUCAUUAGAUUGCGAGUCAUCCCAAAACACUGUUCAAAAGCACAGCAAAUCUGACUUGGACUCUGAUAGGAAAGGUAGAGUUUGCUUGGUUGAACAAGACAUGGCAUUUAGCUAUAAGCAAAAAGCUGGUAAAGGUGGAACAUUGUUUUCCUUCUCCUUGCAACUUCCAGAAUCAUUUCCCUCUCUCCUGGAUGAUGAUGGCUACUUAUCUUUUCCUAACCUCUCUGAAACCAACUUCCUGCCUGAAAGUGUGCAGCAUUUCCUUCCCAUUCGCUCACCUUCCCUUGUGCCUUGUUUCCUUUUCAUUUUUUUCUUUCUGCUUUCCGCCUCUUUCUCAGUGCCAUAUGCGCUCACUCUUUCCUUUCCUCUGGCUAUGUGCCUCUGCUACCUGGAGCCCAAGGCGGCCUCCUUGAGUGCUUCACUUGACAAUGACCUGAGUGACAGUUCAGAGGAAGAGACUGACAGUGAAAGGACAGAUACUGCUGCUGAUGGUGAAACCACUGCCACAGAGUCGGAUCAGGAAGAAGAUGGUGAUCUCAAGACACAGAAUAGGCUGAUUAAGCGCAUAAAGGGUGAAAAUGUAUAUGUCAAACAUAGUAAUCUUAUGUUAGAGGAAUUAGAUAAAAACCAAGAAGACCUGAUGAAACACCAGACCAAUAUAAGUGAGCUGAAACGGACAUUCUUGGAAACUUCUGCAGAUACCUCAGGGACUAGCGAAUGGGAGAAAAGGCUUUCUACAUCACCUGUCCGACUUGCUGCAAGACAAGAGGAAGCUCCUAUGAUUGAACCACUUGUGCCUGAAGAGACCAAAGAAGAACGAGAAAAAACAGAAAAACGCAUAUUUUUGCAGAAGGAAAGCACUACGUAUCUUGAUUCUCAGGGCACUGAGGAUUGGGUUAUUGUAGACAAAGUACCCACUGAGGUAGUUGAUGGUGAAUCGAAAACCAUUGUGACAUACAAAGUAAUGACUGUGAGCAGUAAAGCUGGUGACAUCUCAGCCGAGCUUUUAAAACCCUGUACCACUGACAUACAGAGCUUUGAGGACUUGGAAGGUGACUUGCAGUCGAAAGAUGAGAAUAAGCAGAAAAUGUACACCUUAGGAAAAUCCUACGAUACAGUCUCUGGGAAAAUUGUAACCAUGACCACUAAAGUAAAAGAGGGAGAAAAGGUGGUGCCGUCAUCACUCGACGCAUUUCAAAAAAUGGCAAGGGCAGUGCCAGAAUCUGUGAAAGUCAUUCCUGUAGUAGCAGAAUAUGAAAUUCUAGAACCAAUCACUGAUGAGAAAGCCAGAAGGUUAUCUGAGACAAAAAGGAGGGUAUCUGAAUCACUGACGCCCAUUAAAGAGGCAGACUCCCGGCUGCAGAGUCCCGAAGAGGAAAGUCUGAAGAAGACACAACAGACGGAUCAGGAUUUGCAGUUGCGUGAUACGCUGGGGAGCGUGCAGAUUGGCAGAGCUGAGAAACCUCUUGACAGUGAAGGACUGAAAGGAGAGGCAUUUGGUCGAAAAGAUAAGAGUAUAUCUGAGUGGAAAUAUUCCAGAGAACCACCCUUUACCAUUGCUACUGCUCACUAUGUUACUGAAUCAUCAGCAUCAAGAGUUGUGACAAAACAACUCUCCGGUGAAAAAACUUUGGAUGGUUCAGAUAUCUUCACUUUAAUAGAGUCUGCAAGAAAACCAACUGAGUUCAUAGGAGGGGUUACAUCUACUUCACAUAGCUGGGCGCAGAGAACAGAAGCAAAGGCUGACCAGGAGAUACAUUCUAGCAAAAAGAAGCCAGAGGAGGUGGUGCAGCAGCAACUGCAGGAGACUGUGCAGAAGGUGGUGCAGGAUACUGUAAUGGUCGAGGAGAGUCAUUUGAUGAGUGUGCAUGCAAGUGGGGAUGCUGCUAAAUUGGCUGGAAUUCAUUUGGAUGCUACAGCACAGGCAAUAUCUCAUGUGGCUUCUAGCUUCAGAGGGAAGGAGGGCUCUGCUGUGACUGAGGGGGCUAAAGAUGAAAAAAGGCAGGAGGCUGAGAAAGCGGUAACCAAACAGGAAGAAACUGCUACUGUUUCUCAUGAUCAGGAGGAGGAGCAGAGUGCAACAGCCCAUGUUUUGGAUGCACAGGAAAGAAAACCUCUUUUUGAGUCACCAAUUGUGAAGACUGAAACAAUCAGUUUUGGCAGUGUUUCUUCAGGGGGGGAGAAAUUGGAAAUUUCUAUGAAAGAAGUGCCCGUCGUUCAUACUGAAACAAAAACCAUUACAUAUGAGUCAUCCGAGGCGGAUCCUGGUGCUGAUUCGGAGCCAGGAGUUCUGAUGAGUGCACAGACCAUCACAUCUGAAACUACAAGUACUACAACAACUACACAUAUCACCAAAACUGUUAAAGGAGGCAUAUCAGAGACAAGAAUUGAAAAGCGAAUAGUCAUCACAGGAGAUGCAGACAUUGACCAUGAUCAGGCGCUGGCUCAGGCAAUUAAAGAGGCCAAAGAGCAGCACCCUGACAUGUCAGUGACCAAAGUAGUGGUACAUAAAGAGACAGAAAUCACACCAGAAGAUGGGGAGGAUUGACCACAGGAAUAAUGUAGCUCUCAUAUGAAUUCUAUCAUGUACGCCAUUGGGAAUACUAGAGCCUACAUGGAAUCUUGGUUCUGACCCAGCAGGCUUGCAUCUCUCCGGAGAAAUUUUCAAUGUGGAAGACUCAGCCUUGAUUGCUAUUAAGGACACUGGUAGAAAUAUUGUCCCAUUUACAGCAAUCUGAAUCAGCAUUAGUAACCCAAUAUUUGCAUGAAGCAAUGAACAAAUUACAGAAAAGCAGCAUUUUAAUUUUCCUAAACUAAGUUUCCAUCUAUACCUGCACGUUCAUCAACAAUAUAAAACAGUGAUCUCAUGCUACACAUAAAACAGUUUAUGCCUUCACAAUUAUUGGAAGUCUAAAAAAACACAACAGUUUCUUAGGUGGCAAAACCUUUGUUUAGGGUAAAUGAAGAUUACCCUAAAAUGCUAGAAGCUGUAUAGAUACUGUGUAUAAUGUUUUAUCACGUUAGAUGUGCCAAUAACACACUUUAUCCAGUAAACAACUUGAAUCAUAUAUUUGUUUCAUCUGGUUUUAUUAUUCUUGUCCAAUAAACAAUGAUGAAUCUCUAACCUUAUUUAAAUGCUUUAAAAUGUGCUUUGUUUACCUGAUUUGAGACCUUUAAGAGAUAGUAAUGAUGAUUUUAGCAUUGUUCAGACAUAGAAAUCCUCUGGUCACCCCUCACAAGUCUUCAUCCUAUGCAUUACAUUAUGAUUAUUUUAAAGAAAGUGCGUGUGUUUUCUUAGUUACAGAAAUAUUAUGCUGAAAUCUUGCCCUUUUUUAUUGAUUUAUCUUCUGUUCUCAGAAUAAAAGGUUUCUUUUAAGAGUCUGGUCAGCAUUUCCUAUUUAGGUCAGAGUUAAGCCUUAAACUGUACAGAACACCUACUGAACAUUCAUUGGUAUUGGUUAUCACAUCCAUUUAAAGGAUACUGUCUUCAUUAUACUGUCAGUCUCAUUACAACACAUGGUGAAUGUAUGUUUCUGCAUAGUGAAAUAAAAGUGGUAAAUGCACCCAAAUUUGUAUUGGUCUAUGUCUAAAAAACAUGUUUUCUGUAUUUAGAUCCCCAGUACCAUUUGUAUAAUAUCAAAGGCAUUUUUAAUAGCAUAACAGAGACAUUCUUCCAAGGGGGCCCCACUAUGGUGUUUAGACAGGUAGAAAUAAAAGAGCAAGGGGCUGAAGAAAUACUGUGUAAACAAAUACAUUCUAUACAAUUGUGUACAUAUGAUAGGUGCUCUCUGAUUUCAUCUGUAUUAUAUAGUUGUGUAAUAUGUUUCACGUAAGUUAAAUGAAGAGUAUCAUCACCUAUUUUUAAGAAUUAGCUUGGUGAAAAAUUACUUUUGUAUUUUCCAUUCUAAACCAUGAAAUAAUUACCUGUUUCAACAAAUAUUUGGACAUAAUCCAGACAAAGUUAGGAACCUUUAAGUUCCAUUUCAACAUGAGAAUUAAGCAUGUGCUAAGAUGGUACUGGGAAUUUAAAAGUGCUUAAUUUGGCUGGAUUAUGAAUUUUGAUGUUGUUUUAGCUGCUUAUUCAGUUUGCUUAUGGUAUUAUUUCUCUGAAGAGAAAAUGUAAUGAAGUACAUUUUGUAGGCUGCCAAAAAUACAUAGGGGACCAUUUAUAAUGCUAUUUUUGCAGGUAAACGCCAAAUGCACACACAGCAGUUCCAACUGAACUGAUUGAUAGGAGCUUCUGCUUCUAAAAAAAACAAAAACCCAACCCUGACUCUCUAGGGUAGAUUAAGAGGAAUAAAUAUUUUUUAAGGAGUAUAUAACAACAACAAAAAUUAUAUUAAAUAUAUAUAAAGAAACUAUAUUAAAAAUAUGAGCUCUGAUCCAGUAGUUAUUUGCAUAUCUGGAACCUCAGGCCUAGUUCAGAUGCUUAGUGCUCCCCAUGUGAUCACCAACUGACUUAUGAAGAGGGAUGUGCGAAACGUUUCGGAUACAAAGCAUUUUGUAGACAAAACAGAACACCCAUUUUCCAGAUCCAAAAGUUUUGUAUACAAAACAAAACGUCCCUGUUUCAGCUACAAAAUGCUUUAUUGUUUCAGACCUCCAUUUUGUGUUGAUUUCUGAGUCAGUCUCCAUUUUGUGUUUGUCAUCUCUUUGAAUUUUCCAGCCUUCCAGUCAGUGACCUAAAGCAUGGGCUGACCUGCUGACAAUUCCCUCCUUGUUCCGCAUUGGCUCUUUUGCCUCUUGCAACUCUUUACUGACCCCACAUUGGCCAGGGAAAGGGUCGGAGAAGGGGCAAGGGUAUGGGGGAGUUCAAGGAGGGAUUUUCAAUUCAUUCAGCAAGUUAGUAGUUGCCAUUCUGCCUCAUUGAAGAGAAAGAACUAGUUUGCAGCAUUGCAUGCCUCAAGUUGCCAUGAUGCCAUGCCAUUGUCUAUGCCUGCCUUGUUGCCAGCCUGAGCCCAGCCUGCUAUGGCUACUGCAUGCCAGCCUCGGAAUGGAUUCAGGGGCAGAAGAGUAGUUUGGGUGGUAGUGCCCCGAUGGGUGCCUGCCAGGCUGCCACAACCCAGAUUCCAAAGAGAUUGGGCAAAGGGCUGAUUAUUUGUGAUUUGUUGAAGUUUAUGCUUCUUUAAGAUUUUUCCCCAUAGGGAAUAAUGGAGGUUUCAGCAGCCCCAUAACUCAACCUCAGGGGGGCACUGGGGGUGGCCCAGAGCGAAUGGUGGUGUAGUGCACAUAGGGUGCCAACCACCCCAAUGGGUUGCUAACCCAUGAGGUGCUGGGUUCUGUUGUUUCUGAGGUGUUCUACGUGUAGAUUCUCUGGUAGCAUAUGAGAUUUUCAAUGACAAACCAUGAAUCCACUCUCAUAUACUACCAGCGAAUCUACACUUAGCAACCCAUGUGGGUGGUUGGCACCCUAUGUGCUCUACACCAACACUCGCUCUGGGCCUCCACGGUGCCCCCCAAGUGCAGUUAUGGGGCUGCUGAAACCUCCAUCAUUCUCUGUGGGGAAGAACCUUAAAGAUGCAUAAACUCCAUUAAAUCUUUAAAAAUCAGCCCUCUACCCAUUUCCUUUGAAAUAAUUCUGUCAGCUUCCUUGCCCCCACUGGCCCCUACCACCCACCCUACUCUGCUCUGGGCCACCCCUUUCCCCCCGAUGUGAAGCUAUACUUUUGCUGAAACCUCCAUUAUUCCCUAUGGGGAAAAUAAUUAAACUUCAAAAAUUCACCAAAAAUCAGCCCUUUGCCCAAUUCCUCUGAAAUUUGGGUGGUAGCUUCCACCCAUUGGGCACUACCACCUCCACCCACUAGUUUUACUCCAGGGCCAUUUUUUAAAAUCCAAAAUGUUUCGGAUUCGUAUUUUGCCAUUUUGAACAAAGAACAAAAUUGGGGUGUUUCAGAUUGGCUGGCUUCAAAGAAAGAACAAAAUGGGGGUGUUUCGGAUUCGGGCCAAAAACAAAACAGAAAACAAAACAAAACGCACAACCCUACUUGUGAACCCAUUUGGAUUGCAUGGAAGCCGACAUUGUGAACUGACAUAUCUAGGUAGGGGCCAUCACUGUUGUCAUUUGUUUGAUCACAGUGGCUCAAGAGAGGGCCAGGAUGACCAUGAAAAGCACAGACGUGCUAGUUCAUAAACCUGGCAUCUCCACACAAUCCCAGCUGGGCCAGGAGUCUGCCAAUGGCUUGGCACUCUCUCACAGGUGAGGUGGGGGAUGCUGACAAACUGAAUUAGGCCUAAAGUGCUGCGGAAAGGUCCACACAUGCACUCCCCUUAUUCAUUGGAGCGCCCGCAUAGCUUUGGAUCAGGCUGAAUGUGUUUGUCUUACUUGUGUCCGGGAUAUUCUUCUUUUCUUAAGUGACUUGCAUAUCUGUAAAGAUGAAAUACAUUCAGCUGGCUCUGAAAAAUAUUACCAAAUCAUGCCCAGAACGUUGUAUGCCACCUUUUGAUGAGCUAGCGAUCUGUGUAGGUUUCGCUGUUUGUUCUAACUAUCUUUACGCUUAUUUACCUUCUACUCUCCUACAUAAUAAUUGCAGACAUCACUAUACAAUGUCCUGACUCACAUGAACACUCUUGCAGUUUGUAAUGUAGACAGCAAACUACUCAAAUCAUUCUUAAUUCAUUUCUUGUUGAAGACUUCCUGUUUGCACAGCUUUUUCCUUACAGUACAACCACCAUCUUCUGUUGCUUAAUAAACAAGCAAAGAUUGAUCACUGUUUGUCAAGUUUUAAAUUAUCUGCUUCUUACCUUCAUUAAAUUGUACUGUUUUGGAAUAGGGCAUCCAAAUGUUAUCACUUUCUUCCAUCCCUAUGAAGGCCAAAAUCAGCUUUUAUGUUUUUACCCAUGGCAGCUACUGAUGGGAUGGAUGUGCCAUGUUUCUCAGAAGAUUACACUGCAGUUUCUUGUUAAGGCAUCAAGUAUUUACAAACAUAUUUUGAAACCCUAUUAUUAUUCCUUCCAAAUAAUACUUGCUUAAUCAGCAUAAAAAAAAGUCUUUCCAAUGACAAAUUCAGCUGAUUUACUCUGUCAAAAUCUUAAGUUUCCAUGAACAGAUACUUUAUUCAUGUGUAAGAUAACAAGAUAAUUCUAUAGUUUUAUCACAUGGCUAACUGUCAAAAUUGCUAUUAAAAUGGGAGCAUUAUUCUGGUUGAAAGGGUGGAUUCUCAAAACCAUUUCAAGUAGUAAUAAGUAUAACACAAAUCAAUUUAUUUCAGACAAUUAGCAGAUCAUGGUUUGUUUAUUCAAUAAAGUUCUAUCUGUAACAACCACUUCACAAGUCAAGCAAUAGCAUUAUAAUUGUUGUUAUGAAGCAUGGCAUCAGAAUCCACUCUUUAAGAUUAAUGGGAUAGAUAGAAACUUCUGUCCAAAGUUACUGCUGUGUUGCCUACAUUUCAGCAUGGCAUAUCAAAGAAAGAAUGCUAUCAAAAGCUACUCAUUCUUAACAAAGUUUAUUUAUUUAGAAUGGGUGCUCACUGCUAGAGUAAGAAUUAAGUGCACAAUGAUGGCUCAAUGCUGGUGAACUUUCUUUGUUUGAGGGUACGUCCUGACAAAUAAGUGUUGCAUUGCUUUUUAUAGAUUGUUUUUGCGGUUGUCCGCCUAAUUCUGUGCCAGAUGAAAUAAAAAGCUCAUGCCUGUUUAUAACAGCUGC